CGGACCUGUUGGGUGUGGCGGGCCGGACGGAUGGCUGGCAGGGGAUAGCCUACCUAUCUCCUCCCUUCCUAGUGUUGCUGCAAUUGUCGCGUAGUGUUCACUGUGACGACGCACCUGCCUCCCUCCCACCUGCCUCUACUCUCUGCCAUCCGGAUUUCUAAGUUAACCUCCUUUUCUUGGUAACUUCCAUAGCGAUUAGUGAACAAGGGAUCACUAGAGUGAGGACUGGAGGAGAAGUGAUAUGGAUCUAGAGGAGGUGUGAGUGAGCGUCGCUAGUCCAGGACUCAUGGAGGCUGCUGGUAGCCACGAAGGGAGCUGCUGUGUAGGAAUUCUCAUCGAACAGGAAACAGCAACGUGAGCGAGGCAGCAUCAACGUUGACGAUGGGGACCCCGAGGCGUCGUUCAACAUGACGGCGCCCUUCGGGGACACACUAGGAGUCGGCGGCGGCAGCACAACUCUUCUGGUGCCCUGGGACGUAGGGCCCACUAGGCUCAACGAUCCUUCCAUCAGCUACCUGAACGCUUCCUCCGACCUCUGGGGGGACAACGCCACCUGCUGGGGCAACGGCUCCCUUGAGUGCGCCCUGGCUAACAUCACAGCCACGGAGGGCGGCACCACCAUCCUGCCGCCCUUCGAGCUCUGGCAGACGGUGUUGAUCGCCAUCUGUCUGGCCUGCUGUAUGAUCCUAACCGUUGGAGGUAACCUGCUGGUGUUGCUCUCGUUCAUCGUGGAGCGCGCCAUCCGCCAACCCUCCAACUACUUCAUCGCCUCCUUGGCCAUGACCGAUGUGAUCAUUGGGUCGGUUUCAAUGCCGUUCUACACCGUGUACGUGUUGAUGGGGGAGUGGACGCUAGGACCCAUCUUGUGUGAUCUGUGGCUCUCAGUGGACUACACCGUGUGCCUCGCCUCGCAGUACACAGUGCUACUCAUCACCAUCGACCGUUUCUGUUCCGUCAAGAUCGCUGCUAAAUACCGCGGUUGGCGGACGCGGACGAAGGUGAUGGUGAUGGUAGCGAUGGUGUGGAUCGUCCCGGCGUUACUCUUCUUCAUCAGUAUCUUCGGAUGGGAACAUUUCGUGGGUUAUCGCUCACUGUUGCACAACGAGUGCGAGGUGCAGUUCUUACGGGACCCGGUCUUCAACACGGCUCUUAUCGUCACCUACUACUGGGUCACUCUUGUCGUCCUGUUCGUCCUCUAUGCUGGUAUAUAUAAAACAGCUUAUGACAUGCAAAAAAAGUCAGAAGCCAAACAUCGGAAAAUGCAGACGCUGGUGGCUUUGAGCGCCGGUGGUAUGGCCGGUAUGGCGGGUCGCACCGCCGGCCUAGGCAUGAGCAAGACACAGAGCACCUUACUUAGUCAAGACAAGCCGCAGCCUGGCCCUCCCCCUGUCAUUAACACAACUACACAGGCGCCGCAGGGAGGAUCCGGUGUCAGCGACUCGUCGUCGAGUCAAAAAACUUCCUCUAAAACAACAGAAACGACGAGUUUUUCAGAGCGUCGUGGAGAACAAGCUGAAAAAUCAGAACGAUCGAGCAGUCCGGCCUUUGACUCUGACGAGGAAAGUAGUCAGGUGCCACUACCACGGAAAGCAGGUCUACCUAAUAGCACGGUGCCGCGCCUUGACCCUCCGCCACAGCACCGCAAGACACCAACCACAGACACCCUUCCGAAGAUCCCUGAACAGAGUGUCCUGGACACCUCCACCACGUUAGAGGGCAGCUCCUCCUCGGACACCGGCAUCGGAGCUCUGGCCGUGUCGCUGGCACGGUCUCUGCCCUUACACGACCACCACCAUCACUCACCCAGGAAUAAACCCAUACUGCCUGAUGUGGCUCUGCGCGAGGCCAGUUUGCAGGGCUCAGGGCUGCUGGACAUAACGCUUGGGGCGGCCACCACACCGCUGGCCAAGCGAAUGUCUGGAGAAUUUUCAAAAAAUGACGACGACGACAACAGUGGACACUCAGAUGAGACCCUGAGCGUGCAGUCUAGCGGAGAUCCAACACCACCCACCAAGCCCCAGCAGCCUCUUCAUCCUACUUCACUGCCUCUUAGACCCAUCAGUACCGUGCCUAUCCUACCUCUAGCGGCCUCCACGCCCACCGACCUCUUAGAUGAGAGAGUUAUAGCUCCACCAGCUAUGUUCGCUGACAGUAUGAGUGUUAGUAGUAUCUGUACCACGCGACCCCCAUCAUCAUUAAACUACGGCCCCAUGGCCUACGAUGUUCUCACGGGCUUGGACACGGGUGAUUUACGUUUCAUGGACGAGUCGUCGAUCAUCCUUCCAUCACCAGUCGUGGAGGACCCACCAUCCUCGGUGUGGGCGGCCACCCUACACAGCCCCACCUCGUCCACGGUGCGCUCCCUCACCUCCACGCUCACCACACCUCACAGCAUACAUCGCAAGAUCAGCCGUAUGCAGUCACGCUCGGACGAGGAGGAUCUGGAGAUGAGUAUUGAAGAAGCUGACGAAUCAGCAGAUGCUGACGACGAGUGUUGCGACAAGGACGAGUCUUCUGAACACUCCACAAACGUCUUGGUAACUUCCAUCAUCCACGCCUGUACCGCUGUCACCAGCCUGGCAGGAACUGAUAGGCAUAACAUCCCUGUUAGUCCGAAGAAAGACACCACAGCAACUGCCCCCACCACCACUGCCACCAACAACAGUAACGCACACAAUAACAUAGCGACGGCGGCAAAUAGUUCCAACAACAUGACUUCACCAGCAGUAGUGCCCGCCACGCCUCAGGUCCGGCCAAGAGGGAGUGCGAGCCUGACGGAGGCCGGGCGACCAGGCUCCACGGCGGGCCUCACCAACCAACUCAUCACCACCCACAACAUCAACUCCAACAAGACGGUGACGAGUGUAGCGAGAACCGAGUCUUCAUCACUCAUAGAGAGGGACAAGGGGAGCUCGGUGGCCGUCGUGUCCGACGCCCAGAGCUCCGUCAAGGGUUCACUGAAGGGUUCCAGGAAGGGCAUCGUCAAGUCUUUCCGCAGCUUAAAGAAGAAGAAGAAAAAGAGUGAAGGGGAAAAGCGACAUCGUUCUAAAUCGGAAAAUAGAGCCAAUAAAGCCUUAAGAACGAUAUCCAUCAUCCUGGGCGCCUUUGUGGCCUGCUGGACGCCCUACCACAUCUUGGCCAUCGCCGAGGGCUUCUGCCAGUGCACCAACACCCACGUCUACAUGUUCGCGUACUUCCUCUGCUACGCCAACAGCCCCAUCAACCCCUUCUGUUACGCCCUCGCCAACCAGCAGUUCAAGAAGACUUUCAUGCGAAUUCUCAAAGGUGAUUUACACAUAACGUAACGCCAUGGUACGAUAGACUGUAUCGUUGAUAUUUACUCAAUUAUCUGUGAUAUCUGUAGAGACCAUCUGAGUGCGGCGUGUGUGGUGGUCAGUGCGUUGUGUACGAGGCGUGAGUGUUGCUACCAGUGUUCGGUACGAGGCGCGCACCAGAACCUCGGGGUGGGUGGGUGCGCUGCUCAGUGCGUCACAGUACAAUGUGUAUAGUGAGCAGAGUGGUGUGUCCGUGUUCCGGUGUGGUAUAAAAGAGCCUCAACAUAGUGUAGUUAUACCCGUGUAAUAUGAACACAUCCGAGUGCAACGAGUACUGUACAUGUUCUAGUACUGUGUGCACACCCUACAACAUUGUGCACAUAUGUCUAGGUACUGUGUACACUACAAUAGUGUGCGUACAUCUCUAGGUACUGUGUGCACAUGUCUGGGUACUGUGUGCACACCUUCCAGUACUGCACAGACAUGCCUCAAGAAUGUGUACACAUCCCAUAGCGCUGUGUAUUCAUGCCUUAGUAGUGUGCGUGUACCAGCAUCACGUGUACAUGUCCGAGGGCUUGAAGACAUCCUCUGUGGCCUGCCACCACCAGUGCAGUAAGACCAUCAAUUGAGGCGUCUGUCUCUAUCGUCAUUCCAAAGGUUCAUAACCUCGUGUAACGUGUACUACGUCAUUACACGCGUACAUUAAAGUACAACUGCACAUAUCUAACUAUUAAGUACACCGGUUAUAGUGUUCGCACCAGCCUCCUCGAUGUCAAUUCGUGGCGUAGAGAAUGAACAUUGUAUGUAAAAAAACAUCAGUAUUUUUCGUCAUCGUGGACGGACUCGGGUUAUGAGAGUUGGUUCAAAGUUACAGAGGAGACGACGGGAGUGACGGAGGAAAUCUAAUAUAAACAAAAACUGAUUCUAUUUUGUCCCGUCUGCAGGAGAACGUGUGGUCUGCUUUGUUAUGUAAAGGAAUUUCAGGGGCAAAAACAAACAAACAAAAAACACACAACAUAUGAUCAUACUAUUGUCUUAGUGUUUGAAUCAAAUGUCGACCCGCUUCACUUUGCUUCAGAACCCUGUUUCAUUGGGCGCACUUCUUUGCUUUGCUGAUCCUCCGACAACUAGACUACAACUUGAUGUCUCGAAACCAGAGCAAGAAACUGCUGUUUUAUUCUCGUGAAGCUGCUGUGAGCGGCGGGAGACCUUCUACAUUUGUAAUACUGUGUCAAACUAUUUCAAAAGAAGCUCAAUUUUUGUGUGGCAGUUGUCAGGAAUUGAUUGUUAUUUUGGUAAGGAUUCUUAAUGCUAACGAAAACGAUGGACGCUCUCCAAUAAGGACUUUACUAACUAUUGUGUACACUACAUUCCUUCCUUAUCUUGGUGGCGACGUCUGUUGAGUUGGAUAAGCCAGCCAAUCAGCAGGCGCCUCUGUCGACCAAUCAGCAGUAGGCUGUUGUCGUCAUUCAUCUCUCUAGUCAGUCAAAAAAAUUGUAUUCAACAAAGUCCAUCUCCAUAGUUACGAGACCAUGUUUGUGCCACUCUUCAGUUCCUUGUAUUAAAAAAAAGAAAGAACUGUAGGACCAUGAGUGAAUGUCUGUUUGGGUGCUUGUAUGCAGGUUGACCAGAAUUGUAUUGAUAUAUAUACUGUAUAUAUAUAUAAAGGACAAAGUGUAUUAUAAGAUGAGCACCAUAAAUAGCAUAGCGCCUUGGGAAGAACAGUUUUGUCAAAAAAAAAAUGUAUAUUAAAUGAGUUCUUCCAAAGCCUUUUUUUUCGUCGUGGAGCGAAAAAAAGGGCAGCUUUGAGAUGUUUCUUUUUAAGACAAAGGUUCAGUAUUUUUCACUCGAUAUAACACAACACGCGUACAGUACAGUAUAAGAAUAACUACAUUUUAUAUUCGCCGAGAUACUCUAUAAUGACUGUAUGUUGUAUGAUGUAUUCAAACGUGACGCUAGUUGUAAGGCCUGUCAUUAUGAUCAUUAUGAAUACUCAUCACCCAGUUCCACAUCACCAGAAGAGAGAGAGAGAGAGAAAGAGAGAGAGAGAGAGAGAAAGAGAGAGAGAGAAAGAGAGAGAGAGAGAAAGAGAGAGAGAGAGAGAGUUGGCUUCUCUCUAACGUUCUCUCAUUUUAUAAAUAUAUAUAUAAAUACAUACAUAUACAUAUAUUCCCAAUUUCGGCGCAUUUAUUAAAAAUCGCCAACUGGGCCGCCAUAACUGUGCUGUAGAGAACUGUACUUAGGUCGCCAUAACACAGAGGCUCCUCACCAUCUUUAAGUCUCACCCUUAGCUUGUACAUAGUGUUAGUAAAGACACCAUCAUAUCCCCUUUCUCCUUCACCCACCAGACUAUUACUUGAUGCUCAGGAACCUCUUCGUGCGGCGACUGUCACUUUUUUCUUUUUUUGGUGCGUGUGGUGAUGACGUCACGUUCCCGCCAGCUUGGGAAGAUUUGGCGCGCGUUUUGUAGUGAUGUGGAUUUGGCGCGACGGUUUUUAGGUAAAUCCUGACGCCGACUCCACCUCACUCCUUGAGCCCAACAAGAUGCGCUACUGACAUCUCUCCCGUCUACUCCCGCCGCCUAACAUAACCCAAACCUCAUCCUUAUCUAUCCUACUGUGUCCUAUCACGUCAUAUCUCGACCUAUCCUAUUUUAUUCCUUCUAUUCAUCUGAUAUUUAUUUUUAUUCAUAUUGUAAACAUUGUAAAGACAUUUCCAUUUUCUAAUAUAUCAGUCAAGUCAUAUCAUGUGUCGCGUCUCGAGUCCCCAUUUAAGGAGGUAGGAGAGAGAGCGAGAGAAGGGGGGACAAAGAGCGAGAAGGAUAGAGAGAGAGAGAGAGAGGG